AUGGAAAUAGAUGAAAUAGCCCCUAAAGUAGGCCUAGGCUUCAAACCAAUUCCUAAACCCCGUUGUCGAAAAAGGGAUAGUGACGGAGAUAAGAAAGGUUCUUCCAAAGAGACUGUAUUUUGUUGUGUGAAUCCAGAGAAAUCGACCUCUAGUGACAUUGUUGAAUUUGAACCAAUCCCGAAAGACAGGAUCCAAGAGAAACUCCGACGGAGCGGAAGACUCGAAACUCGCAAAUUGACCAGUAACACGGGGACAAUUUCGACCAAACUAGCACAACGAUUACUUGGAGAGGAGAAAAAUGAAGAAUCUCCCUGGACCGAAUACUAUAGACCGGACCCAGAGCUGGCACGUAAAUACCUGGAAGAGAAGGCCGCGAUGUCUCCGCAACAGAGGAACGCAGGAGACGCUCCGCGAGAAGUCGCCUUGCUAUCCGCGCCGAUCCUCUAUCCAUGGAUGCCGAUGAUGGAUAAAUAA